GGAAAGAGCCGACCAGUUUACAGGUGAACUCACAGCUCAACACAGGCCAAAACAUCAUGACCUGUGGAACCACUGAGCAUCACGACGUCCUAAAGACCAACAUGGAACCGUUUGAGACACAAGCAACACUAAACCGGGCCACCAUGGGCAGAAUUAGGCCAAGAGUCAAACGUCACACUCGUUUUGGUCUUUUGGGGAGAAAAACCUACAGCAACAUCCGCCCCAGGUUGCGUCGGCACUUGAUUCCUCUUUUUUCCGCGUCCCGGCGCGUCUGGAGACCGUCAGCGUUCUGUGGUAACAUUACUCUGCGGUAUUCUCAGUCGGGUCCCGGCAGAAACGCGCUGGAUCGCUCCUCUGCCUCCUCCGGUCAAACUUGUGGCUCCUCCUGUCGCGUCUCUAGAGCGCGCGCCGGAGACUGGGCUUCAGUUCUUCACAGAGCUUCACGCGGCGCACUCACAUCCAGCACUUACAUACAUAGUUUGCAUUGUUUCCAUCUGUGCUCAAUUAUUGCUAAACUUUCUUUCUUUUAAAUCGUUAUUUGCCUUUUUUUAACUUCACCUGCGCGUUUCCCGACUUUAUCUGUGUUGACAUGGAAAAUAAGACCUUCCACAGAGACGCGCUCUCGAGGAUCUGAGCUGCAGUAACUCCUGCUUAAACGCGAAGAUGGGGCUCCGUGGCGCGUGCGUCCUCGGCUCCCUGCUGGUGCUGAUGAGCCUGCCUGCUGUUUCCUCCGGCCCCUGCCCCCGGUCCUGCUCCUGCCCUCAGCCCACCGAGCUGCACUGCACCUUCCGCUCCCUCCCCAGCAUCCCCACCACCGUGUCCAGACAUGUGGAACGCAUGAACCUGGGGUUCAACAGCAUUAAUGCGAUCACAGACAGGUCACUGGGUGGUCUGAGGAAGCUGGAGCUUCUGAUGGUCCAUGGAAAUAACAUCCACAGCCUACCAGAUGGGGCGUUCAAGGACCUCAUUUCACUACAGAUGUUGAAGAUUAGCUACAACAAGGUGAAGGAGAUCAACAGGAACACCUUUCUAGGACUGUGGUCUCUGGCCCGGUUACACCUGGAUCACAAUCGGCUGGAGUUCAUCCACCCGGAUGCCUUCCAGGGCCUCACGUCCCUGCGCCUGCUGCAGCUGGAAGGCAACCGGCUCCAGCAGCUGCACCCAGCCACCUUCACCACCUUCACUCUGAUGGGCUUCUUCCACACCUCAACCCUGAGACACCUCUACCUGUCGGACAAUGGACUGACAUCACUGCCCUCCGGGAUGCUGACCGCCAUGCCUCAGCUGGAGAACCUGUAUCUGCAUGGGAACCCGUGGACCUGUGAUUGCAACAUGAGGUGGCUCCAUGACUGGGAUAAAACGGCACCAGGGGUUCUGAAGUGUAAAAAGGACCGGGCCCUUCCUGGUGGCCAGCUGUGUCCUAUGUGCUCCUCUCCCAGGCACCUGCACAACAAAGAGCUCCAGGCUUUGGAAAAGCUGAUGUGCAGCAGUCCUGUCAUCAGCUCCUCCCCUGAUCGGACUCUUAAACCAGAGGAUGAUGAGAGCGAGGUCAUGGCCACUGAAGAAUUCAGAGAACCAUUUGGAAAGAUUUCCCUGGGCCUGUCUGAUGAACACGGGAAUCAGGUGGAUCUGCAGUGUAGCCUUGGCGAACCCAGAGACACCAGGACCAGCUGGGAACAAGUCAGCCAGGACCAGUUGGUUUCCAAUCUGUCUUUGUCAGUGGAUCUUAGCUGUCCCGUCGACAGAGAAAAGUAUGAGCAACUGUGGAAGCUGAUUGCAUAUUACAGCAGCGUGCCAGCCCAUCUUAAAAGGGGGAUCAUGCUGAACAAAGACCCUCAUCCGACCUACGUGUACACACAGGACUCUGACAAGGACGCCCUGUAUUACACAGGCGUCAGAGCUCACAUCACGGCCCAGCCGACGUGGCUGAUGCAGCCGCCUGCAGACCUCCAACUGAACCGACUUCAGUCAACAGCCAAGAUGGUGAAAUUAAUCCUGAGCACCGACUUUACCGAGACGUUAGAGGCAGAGCUAGUGCGGAGACAGAACAGGGCCUGGGUCAUGAUCCAGUCAGUAAACACUACUCGUCAGGCGCUGAGUGCCGUCCUGGGAAGCCCCAGUCAGAUGAGCUGUGAUGUGCACAGCUCUGGACAAGCUGUUGUGCAGUGGAGGCUUCCAGACGGCUCCAAAGUGGAGGCCCCAUACAGCAGCACAGACAAUAAGGUGUCAGUUUCCAGUGAUGGACGGCUGGUUAUUAAAUCUGUCAGCCACAGAGAUGCAGGAACGUACUACUGCAUUGCUAAGGUUCAUGGAGACCUCGCCGUCCUGCCGUUUCAUCUGACGGUGCAGGAAUCAUCCAGUCCCUCACCAGGGGAGGGAACUUCAAUUAAACCUAUUGAGAAAGUCUCAGGAAGCCCCGUCUACCUUCCCUGCACGGCAUCAGGCUCCCCUGACGCCGAGAUUAAUUGGAUUCUACCAAGCAGCAAAAUAGUCAGUUUCCAGGCCAACUCGUCCAGAGCUGUGGUCUAUUCCAAUGGCACUUUACAUAUUCCACACGCUCAGGUCCCAGACAGUGGUUAUUACAAAUGCAUUGCCAUGAACCAGCAUGGCGUGGACACACUGGCUGCAAAACUCACUGUCAUCAGAAAUAAAGGGCUAAUAAGGCCUUUGAGGAGGUUUGCAGCAGGACCCCAGUCGGCCUCAGGGGUCAACACAAAGAUUAAAGUCCCCACGCAGGAAUUAGAGGAGGCAUCAGGGGACAAUGGCGCUGCUCAGGAGGGGGCUCCAAUAAACAGCCUGGAUCCUUGGAAAAAGAGGAUGAUUGGAGGUGCCCCUGCAGGAAGGAGGGGCGUCCAUCCAUUAGCGAGGAAUGCGUGGCGGAGAAAGCCCACGGGACCUCAUGUCGAAGACAGGAAAAUUCUGGGGACCAGGAGGAGAGUUAAUAUGUCAAAGAGUAAAAUAAACCCGGAGAAAUGGGCCGACAUCCUGGCCAAGAUCCGGGACAGGAACGCUCCGAAUGCUGCGACACCGCUCCCAGUUCCACAGCCAACGACCGAGAGCAGGCUGACACAACAGGCAACACAGUCUCAGGAGACUGUUGAGGGGUCAUCAGAUGGCGUGACUGUGCCGGAGACGGAGGGCCAGGAUUACUUAACAACACAACACGCUCCAGUGUCGCCCACACAAAUAAAUACACACAGUACACAAGGCGAGGAUGCACAUGAUGAGUCCACUAGCUUCAUCGCAUAUGACAUGAGUGAGACGACAUCAAACAGUCCACACGCACACAUCUCACAUACUACAGUAGAGACACAAACGCACACAGCCCAGAAUACAAACUUGGAGCAACACAUUUCAAACGGUGCGUUUUCCCUCCCACAGUCCACAUCUGCUCCCCUACAUGCUGUCACUGUCUGGCAGGCCAACACAAACAGCGCAAGCAGCAGCAGCAGCAGCAGCACGGCGUCUUUUCUGCAAGAGAAUCGCGGCGAAAACACUGAUGUCAAAGGAGUCGAAACAGCUGACGGGCCCGAAGCAUCGGAGCGGGGUGAGAACGGGGAAAAGCUCAGCGCUGCCAGCUCAAAUCAACGCACGUCAAAUGCAGGUCAGAGUAUUCCCUCAUUCAGCCCGAAUGAGUCAGAGGCGAUCAAAGACGGGGAUGGAAAAUUUAAUGGUGAGGUCGCAACAUCGAAACCGCAGACGGAGCCAAAGGACACAGCACUUGAUUAUUCGCCGCCUCGGCCAUUUCUCACCACAGCGCUUCCAGCGACUUCACGUGCAGUCGCUGAUGCGAAGACGAGGCGCCCCGAGGGACAAUCACGCAACUCCAGGAGACGGAACGGAGGCCGGAGGAACCGGCCGAACCGAAAGAAACAAAAGCUGAGGAAAACCACACCUGCGGGCGCUCCCUUAGCAACGCUGAGGACCACUGCCCCUGCGCCGCUAAAUAUAGGAGCAUUAGAAGAUACAACGGCCAACUUCAAUACUGCCGUUCCAUUUAGCAGCGGCCAAGCGGUAUCAUCAGGCAGGCUGAGUCAUAAAGAAAGCACAGUCUCCAGGCAUGACAGCGGGGCGGCCACCAAACCCUCGCCGACACCAGAUUUUCCCCUGAGCAGCGUUCUCCCCUCGGCCAAACCGCUGCUCAGAAGCACGUCAGCAGCAGCGGCAGCGUUUCCAGCGGCCGCUCCAGGACUGGGUCACGGAAACACGAGCUCCCAAACAGCUUCAGGGAGUCCGGACACGGUCGCACCGACCGCUCGGCAUCCGCCCGUCAAAGCCGUAGAGGAGACACAAAGCGGGAGUGUUACAGGAGACAUCUCACCUGUGCCACAGUCUGAGUUUUCCUCUGGGGGGUUUCACACCGCAGCAGAAGUGCAAACAGAUGUUGAGGUCAGUCCGUCCGAGCAUCCGCACACGCCCACGGGCGAAAGGAGGCUUGCACCAACCCCGUCUGCCUCAGCCCCGGCACUGAUCAGGCAGGAGUACACUUCAGCUGACCUCAUUACGAGCGUGGUUUCAGAGGCCGAACCGGCUGUCUCAAAGAAACCUUCAAUGACUGAACAAUAUUAUAGUUCCAGUCAAACUACAAGCUCAAGCGCUGCCUCAGAAACUACAGCUGAGGGUGGUACUACUAAGAACCUCAUAGCAACCUCAUCAACAAAGCCCUCCUACACAAUUCUUGUGCUGAGAACCACCACAGAGGAGGCUCCCAGCUUUACAGUCAGCCAUAGUCCGGACCAGCAACUCAGCACCAUCAUCACCACAGCAGAACCCAGGAGAACGACCCAGUCCCCUCAGCGCGAGCAGACCUCACCGGCCGUACAGCUGAGCAGCGUCCGCACAAUCAAGCAGCCGGCCACUCCCGCCCCGACAAUUACUGCGAUCCAAACUAAUGGGUUCAGAGAGGAAGUGCUGAUGACCACUCAGGAUGUGUCCAGAACGCACCAGCUACCUGGGCGAGGAUCUGUUACCAGAGGGAAGCCAAGAAUACGUAAGAGCAAUUUCCAGAAUUUCACGGUGAAAGCAGAAACAGAUGCUCAGCUUCCCUGCAAGGCUGAAGGCCAGCCAAUGCCCUUCCUGUCAUGGACCAAAGUAGCAACUGGUGCGAGUAUUGCUCAGAACACCAGGGUGCAGAGGUUCGAAGUGCACCCAAAUGGGACGUUUAUCAUCAGGAACGCACAGCCCAUCGACGAGGGUCAGUACCUUUGCAUGGUUCAGAACCAGUUUGGUUCAGACAGGAUGCUGGUGAACCUGGUGGUUCUGUCUCAGCCUCCACGCGUGCUCCAGACUCAAACCAGAGACGUCACAGUAAAUCUAGGCGACAAAGUGGACUUGGAGUGUAAAGUGGAGGGACACCCUACGCCUAGAGUCACGUGGGUUCUCCCUAACUACAGUCACAUGACUGCUUCGCCCUUUGGUGUGUCGGCCCAGCGCCGCGUGACCGCCUUUCUCAACGGAACCCUUCGGAUCAGCCAUGCCACCUUCACGGACAGGGGGACGUAUAAGUGCAUUGGAAGAAGCGUAGCUGGAGUCGACAGCGCGUCAGUCCACCUGUCUGUCGCAGCACUGCCGCCUGUGAUCCAGCAGCCGCGGCACGAGAACAUCAGUGUUCCGGAAACUGGCACCGCCUACAUCAGCUGCUCGGCCACAGGAACCCCCAGGCCCGCGAUCCGCUGGAUCACACCUGACGGCACCCAACUCGCAGCCUCCCAGUUUGCCACUGGACGCAACUUUAUCGUCUUUCCCAAUGGGACCCUCUACAUUCGAGGGGUCGGACCGGGAAACGCCGGGAAGUACGAGUGUGCUGCCAGUAAUGCAGUGGCUUCGAGCAGGAGAACCGUGAUCUUGAGCAUAAAGAGAGAACUCUCAACUUCCAAGGCUCGUAUCACCUUAUCAUCCUCCGAGAGGACGGAUGUGACCUACGGAGGGAAGCUGCUGCUGAACUGCAUGGCAACAGGAGCCCCACACCCCCAGAUCAUCUGGAGGACUCCCUCUAAGAAGCUGGUGGAUGCGCAGUAUAGUUUUGACUCUAGGAUCAAAGUUUUCCACAAUGGCACCUUAACCAUUCACUCAGUAACCGACAAGGACAGUGGUGACUACCUGUGUGUGGCACGCAACAAGAUGGGGGAUGACUACGUUGUGCUGCGGGCCAACGUGCUGACUGGGCCAGCCAAGAUCGAGCACAAGCAGCAUCGAUCCAGACAGGAAGUGGUGUACGGGGGAGACUUGAAGGUAGACUGCGUGGCCUCGGGGCACCCCAACCCUGAGAUCAGCUGGGCCCUGCCCGACGGCACCAUGGUCGACCUCAAACAGAGGGGAGGCGCCAGUGGAGGACGCACCAGGAGGUACGUGGUCUUUGACAAUGGGACUCUGUAUUUCAACGACGUGGGUCUGCCAGAAGAAGGUGACUACACCUGCUAUGCUGAAAACCAACUGGGCAAAGAUGAGAUGAAGGUGCGAGUCAAGGUCAAAGCUGCAAGUUCCCCACCACAAAUCCAGAACAAAGACCCAAAGAUCUUGAAGGUUUUCUAUGGUGAGACUGUUAAACUAAGAUGUAGCGCGAAGGGGGAACCGACCCCGCUCACCACGUGGAUAUCACCCACCAACAGGGUGGUGUCCUCUGCCUCAGACAAAUACCAGGUCUUGGGCGAUGGAACACUGGUUGUUCAAAAGGUCCAACGCUUUGAUGGGGGUAACUACACCUGCAUAGCAAAGAACAACGCAGGACAAGACCAAACGGUCAUCAGGCUCGAGGUCCUGUUAACUCCUCCAGUGAUCAACGGCUUGAGGGGAACGGCCAAUACCAUCAAGAUCAGCGCAGCCCAGGAUCAACAGGCGCUUGUGGACUGUGUGGCGAAAGGAACCCCCACUCCUCGCAUAAUGUGGGUUUUGCCUGGAAACGUGAUCCUCCCCGCUCCAUACUACAGCAACAGAAUGACAGUUCACCCCAACGGGACCCUGGAGAUCCGGUCACCGAAGAGGACAGACUCUGGGCAAAUGGUUUGCAUUGCCCGUAAUGAAGGAGGGGAGGUCCGGCUGGUGGUGAACUUGGACGUAAAAGAUGUCAGGAGGCCACAUAUUACAGAUCCCAAAGCAGACAGUCUGUCGCUGACAGUGGGCAAGGCCAUGACAUUGAAUUGCUCCCUUGAGGAUCUAAGACUGUCUCACGUCACUUGGGUCCUGCCCAACGGCACACCUUUGCUUAGGGGGGCCAGAUCUUCCAAGUUUUUUCACCGGCCCGAUGGCUCUUUGAUCAUCACUAACCCCUCUGUUGGCGAAAGUGGGAUCUAUAGGUGCCGGGGGCAGCAUUCUGGAAGGCUUGUGGAACAAUCAAUUAACUUGUCUCCAGGUAGAAAACCAGAGAUCAGCAACAGGUACAACUCUCCUGUCAGCGUCAUGAAUGGUGAUACGCUUUUACUGCAUUGCAUGACCAGUGGUGAACCGCUCAGACUAACAUGGACCCUCCCCAGUGGGGCUGUCCUGAACAAGGCUCAGCGAGCCGGACGAUAUUCGGUACACACAAAUGGGACACUUUCAGUCCAACAAGCCUCAGUCUAUGAUCGGGGGACAUAUAACUGCAGAGCUGCAAAUGAGUACGGCAGCUCCUUGCAUUCGGUUUCUGUAGCUGUGGUCACAUACCCACCUCGAAUCACCAGCGCCCCCCCCUCGGUGACCUACGCUAAACGUGGAGUGGCCAUUCAGCUGAACUGCGUAGCCACCGGGGUCCCUAAGGUGGAGCUGGCCUGGGAAACGCCCGACAAGACCCGUCUGGCUGUCAGCGCGCAGCCACGCAUCUUUGGAAACAAGUACCUCCAUCCUCAAGGCUCCCUCAUCAUCCAGAACCCGACACAGAGAGAUGCAGGCGUCUACCGGUGCACAGCCAGGAAUGCGGUGGGCAUAGACUCCAAAACUACAUUCCUCAAUGUGUUCUGAUGAACUGAUAAAUGAUUACAAUCUUUGCUAUAGACAGUGUGUUGACGAUUCACACAUGGACUGUGCUGCCCCUUUUGACAGUGAGGUAAAAUGACCCCGAUCAACACUACCGGUUGUGUCCAGUACUUAAGUUCAUGACAUGGUUUAAUAUUUGGACCCAACACCAGAGUGCUGAGUUUAAACUGGACUCCUGCAGUCGACCAGCAUGUGUUAAUUAGCACAUCUUGCACUCAGCCACUGGAAAACUGCUCACGAGCGUCUAUGGAUUUAUAACUUUUUAAGUGUAUGCACUCGGUCCAAAAAUGAGAUAAUUUAUAACAUGCAGGUACAGUAACUAUUGAGUGGAGUUAUUGCACCGGGGUCUGUGAGCCAGUCUUAAGGUGCCAAGUGAGUGGGUUUAUGUUAUUUAUGGUUACUAUAUAUAGGGAUAUUAUGACUUCACUACUCCCAGUAUGGUCCCUUUCCUUUUUUUCUCUCUGUAUCAGAAGGUGCAGGUAAGCAAAUAGCACAUACGUCCCGAGUGGACGCCCCCAGGCCUGCCGUGGUGCGAUGCAGCGCCGCAUUGUGUGUAUAGUACUGUAUGCCCAAGCAACUGCCUAGGUCAAAGCGGCUUCAAUGUUUUAAUGUAAAGAGUGUCACAAGGAAGUCAUUAUUUCAUUAAAACUUUUCGAUGGUG